GGCGAAGGGGGGGGGGCUGCCGCGGAGAGCGGGCGGCCCCUUCAAACUAUGCGCGCCGGCGACCAUGCAAUGGCGGUCGCUAGUGCUGGGGCUGCUGCUGCUGAGGCUGGGGCUGCAGGCGCUGCUGGCGCUGCUGCCCGCGCUGGCGCCGGGCCUUUGCCUGCGCCGCCGCUUCCCCUUCCCCUUCCCGCCGCCGCCCGGCGCCUCGCACUGGGGCUCGCUGCUGCGACGGGGCGGUGGCGGCGGGGCGGCGGCGGGCGACGAGUACGAGCGGCGUUACAGUGGAGCCUUCCCGCCGCAGCUGCGGGCCCGGUUGCGCGACGCCGCCCGCGGUAUGUUCGUCUUCGGCUACGACAGCUACAUGCGGCACGCCUUCCCGAGGGACGAGCUCGACCCCCUCCACUGCCGCGGACGCGGCCCCGACCGCCACGACCCCUCCAACCUCAACAUCAACGACGUCCUGGGAAACUACUCGCUGACGCUGAUCGACGCGCUGGACACGCUGGCGGUAAUGGGAAACUCCUCAGAAUUCCAGAAAGCAGUGAAGUUGGUGAUUGACACCGUUUCAUUUGAUAAAGACUCAACGGUCCAAGUUUUUGAGGCAACAAUCAGGGUUUUGGGAAGCCUGCUUUCUGCCCACAUAAUAAUUACAGAUACCAAACAGCCUUUUGGUGAUAUGACCAUUAAGGAUUACGACAAUGAACUGUUGCAUAUGGCUCGGGACCUAGCAGUGAGACUACUUCCAGCCUUUGAGAACACCAAAACUGGAAUUCCAUAUCCUCGGGUCAAUCUGAAGAAGGGGGUACCUCCAGACAGCAAUAAUGAAACUUGUACUGCGGGAGCCGGUUCCUUGCUGGUGGAGUUUGGUAUCCUUAGCAGGCUGCUUGGUGAUUCCACAUUUGAAUGGGUGGCCAGGAGAGCUGUCAAAGCACUCUGGAGUCUCAGGAGCAAUAACACCGGACUGCUAGGAAAUGUUGUGAAUAUUCAAACUGGCCAUUGGGUUGGAAAGCAAAGCGGCUUGGGAGCAGGGUCAGAUUCAUUCUAUGAAUACCUUCUGAAGUCUUACAUCCUCUUUGGAGAAAAGGAAGAUUUGGAGAUGUUCAAUGAUGCUUAUCGGAACAUUCAGAACCACUUAAGAAGAGGUCGAGAAGCUUGCAAUGAAGGUGAAGGUGACCCUCCUUUGUACGUUAAUGUAAACAUGUUCACAGGACAGCUGAUGAACACGUGGAUUGACUCUCUGCAAGCCUUUUUUCCUGGACUACAGGUAUUGAUAGGAGAUGUGGAAGAUGCUAUUUGUCUCCAUGCUUUUUAUUAUGCCAUAUGGAAACGAUACGGAGCUCUCCCAGAGAGAUACAACUGGCAAUUGCAAGCACCGGAUGUUCCCUUUUAUCCACUGAGGCCAGAAUUAGUGGAGUCCACAUAUCUUCUUUAUCAGGCCACAAAGAACCCAUUUUACCUUCAUGUGGGAAUGGAUAUUCUGCAGAGUUUGGAAAAAUACACAAAAGCAAAGUGUGGUUAUGCCACAUUGCACCACGUUGUAGAGAAGACAAAGGAAGAUCGAAUGGAGAGCUUUUUUCUCAGUGAAACAUGUAAAUAUUUGUACCUGUUGUUUGAUGAAGAGAAUCCACUGCAUAAAUCUGGAAAUAAGUAUAUGUUUACUACUGAGGGGCAUAUCGUGUCUGUGGAUGAACGGUUUCGUAACUCACUGUGGCAAGACAUCCUCCCUGGAGAAGAGGACAGCGCAGAAAAAAUUAAACCUAAUGAAUUAAAGGCAGUCAACUUCAGCUCUAAUUGUAACAGAGUUCCUGAUGAGAGGAGAUACUUACUGCCAUUGAAGAGUAACUACAUGAGACAGAUUGAUCGAAUGGUGGGCUUGAUCUGAAUGGUUCUUCAGGGUAACUUUUAUUGUAUGUCAGGAGGAGCAUGGAAUUUGGCUGUAGACAUUCCCCUCUUCUUCAGCUACAUGCCUGCGUAUGCUGAGUCACUUGGGUAUCCCCCAUGCUUGUUAGUUUUCAAUUAUGGACACGAAGGGAGAUCAGGUGCUCUUAGGAGUUCUGUCUUCUGAACUGUGGUAACUCCAUGUGCCAUCUGAAUAGAGAUUUAUUGUUUUAGGACUUCCUAUGAAAAAUGUUGUUGCAAAUGAAGGCUGAAUAUACUUAAAAAAAAAAAAAAUUGGCAUGUGCCACUUAGCUACCUCUUUGUAGCUGUAUUACAAAUGUCCCUUUAGAAAAGGGUCUAGUAUUUAAUUUGAAAUGAUCUUGGGAUUGGAGAAGGAAUGGGAAAGUGCAAUUUUUCACACCGAGUUUAAUCAUUGAAUUAUUCUGACUAGCAAUACACAACCUUAAGUACUACUCAGGUAGGAACCCACUGGUAAUGGGUUUUGCUGAAACAAAACCGCUCUAUCUAGAAUAGUAUCUUGAAAAGAUAACUCCUGAUCAUAUAAAAAGCUAUCAGUAUAGUCAUGAUAUCCCUCAUAUAUGCAGUUGUAUAGAACUGCACGGUCGUAAGAGCCUGUGGCUGCAGAAACCAGUAAUAAAACAAAUUGGGUGCCUUUUUUUGUAAGGGAAUGGGGGGGAGGGAGGGGGAAAUUGCAAAGCCACUCGCCUGUCAAAGCAGCUAACUUUAUAUAGCUUAGCUGAGCAGAAGUUCCGAAAGUUUCGUUGUUUGUCAUGUUUCUAGUGCCUUUUCAGGAGAGAUGCUGCUAAGACCUGGUGUAACAGUACAUGAAGAACAAACUGUUCACAUUCCUGACAGCAUUAAUAUGUUGGUGCCUUAAGUUUUCUUCACUAGCAGGAAAAACUGAGCUUGCUUGGGAAGAUGGAUAAAGUAUUUCUGAUUAGGUGGUGACAAAAUACAGUGGAUCCCAAAGUAACUUAAAAGAGUAACUUGCAUGUGAGAUGACUUCUCUGUUUUUAAGAUACUGGAAGAAUAUCAACUUCUGUGCUCAUCCCAAAGAGCAUUUCUAGGCUGGAUUUAUUCUCUCUCUCAGUGCAGUUAGUAAAGGAGCUGCCUCUGCAUCACCCUGGGGAUGGAGUUAGUAAGAGUUCUGAGCCUGCAGUAUGCUGGCUUUCCUCAGCCACAGGACAGUUUAGCACAUGCCACCGUAACAGGGUCAUGGCUGCAGCAGCUAUCGAUGCUGACUGUAGUACUAUACUGUACCUGUAAGCUGUGCCUUCUGGUUCCAGUGAGGAAUGGUGAGAACCUGCUGUUGCUUCAUCCCACCAUCCUGAAAGGCAGUUCAGAUAUGUUUGAGGAACAACUGUCUAUGAGCUUUCAGGAAGAAAGCAGUUAAAUUCAGGCAGGGCUGUUGAGGGAUGAAAACAAACUGAGGCCAAAACAACUUAUUCUAAAUAUAACAGGGUGGCUGGGUUUUUUUUCAGUGGCUCUCCAUUGCUUACAUGCUUCUUACUUUUGACUACAGUUGAAGUAGUUGAAUGUUACUGUUGGGUUAAUUAUUUUUAAAUUAAGGCUUAAAUGUAAGGGCAAACUUGAUCUGCUGUAUUUUUACCUUCUUGUGACAACAUUGGUUUUCAUAAACCAUGUGUUGCAACUCAAAACUUUUCUAAUAAAUAUGAAGUUAGUGCUGAAGAGGUUAUUGUUUGAAUCUUUUAGUAUACAGAUGCAUCUCAGGGACUUCAUUGUAGAAUCUUGUAUUCCAUGAUAGUUGGAUCUUGCAUUCAGGCAAAAAAAAAAAAAAAUCCUGUCAUCUUAGUCUUAUUGUGUGCGUUUGAACAGGGGGGAGGGUUGGAGGGGAGAGAGGGAAAUAUGUUAAGAUUUCCCAAAACAUUGCAAUAGAAUUGGUUGCCUUGAUGUUUGAGGCAGCUGGCAAUUCCAACUCCUAUAGAAUUGGCUUUGCAAACCUAUUACUGGAAUGUCUUAAUUGCCUAUUUUAAAGCAAAACAUAAAUUCAAGGUGUUACGAUCCAAAGAGGUAUUGGGAGAGGUUCAAGGUAUAGCUUCCUAGCCAGUAAACGUUGUUUGGGCAUGCAGGUAUGCUUCAGUUUGUAAACAUGUAAAGAAGGGCAGGAGGAUCCGUAAAGGGAGUGCUUCCCGCUGACCGAGGGAGGCAGAAAGCAAAGACAUCUGGGCUUUCUGAAAUGCUGCUACUGGGCCAGAUCUUCUAAUGGUAGCUCUGAAAUGAGAAGUGCUUAGUAGUGUGGAAGCCAAAUGCAGCAUCCCACGAGCGGCCAUUUAAAAUCGUGGCGUAGCAGAUGCCAGGACGGACAUUGCCCUAGGUGUGUUGGUGGCUGCUUCUGGUAGUUUUUCCCUGACUCGCAGUUUAGCUCUCAAUGUGUGUUACAUACCUUGCAAUUGCCUUUCAGUGUUUUGUGCCUUCUGAAGCCCCUGAACCCUGGUAAGGGUUCCAGCCGCGUGUUGUGCACAGAAAUCUGUUUCAGAGUUUUCCUCGGAGAAUUACACAACUAUAAUGAAGCUGCACAGCUGUUCUGCUGCUGUGCUUUUCCCUCUUGUAUAUUGCCAGAAAUAGAGUGAGAGGUAGCUGUAGAAUGGGAACAGUAUGGGCAGGUAUCGCAGCCUUUCAGCCCUUAGUGAUUUGGACUGUUAGUUACAGUGCCAAAUAGUAUAUGGUCAGCCUUUCUUUAGAAACUCCGUUGAAAUUUGUGUUGCCAAGGUGAUCUGACAGUCAUCUUUCCGUAGGAACAGUUUUUGUCUGCAAGGAGACUGGUGCUGACCACGUGGUGUAAAAGGCUUUGUAUUCUUUAAGGAGCCAACUUUUCUUCCUCUUUGUUUUAAGAAUGCUUUGAUACAUUUUUACUCUGUAAUGACAGGGCACAUGUUAUGCACUAAAAUUAAAACUUUUGUGUAAGUCGAUAGCAAAAUGAAAUUGAUAACACUGCUGGAAUAACUUGCUGAAACAGGCCUUUGUAUUUCUUGGUAUAAUGUGCAAUAUCAACUUUUCCUAAUUAAAAAUGCGAUGUAUGCUUAAUUGUUGUUUUUCCAUGAAGUAUUUAAUUAGGGAUGGGAAAUUUUUAAGAGGACCAAAUGCUUUUUCGUGAAAUGUCCUAACUUUUCAAAACUGAGCUUAAAUUUUACAAAUCUGCAUUAAAAAAAUAGUGUGUUUCACCA